CUUUCACCCUUACGCUCACACUCGCUCACACACACCGUCGUUCGUUCCCCCUUGCUCCUCUUACCUCUGCUCCCGCCGUGCCCCACCAUACUCGAGUACUCUUGCUGUACUCGCCGUACCUCGCGGCCACACGCACCCGCGUCCUAAAAGCAAUGUCGCCGCUUUUAUCCCUCGUUUGCCUACUCGCCUAGGGUUGUCUACCUGCCUACGGCGUUUUUUUGGUACUGAUGUAGAUAUGACGAUUCCUACGGAUAUAGAUAGGAGUUUCCAGGAGAGGGGAUACGGGGGGCAAAAGAAAGAGGGCGAAAAAAUGGGACCGAGAUGGAACUACUCGUAUUGAAAGAAGAAUUGAAGGAACGAAGGAGGGAAAAAAGAAAAGAGAAUAAAAAAAAGCCACCGGCAUUGGUAGUUGCUGCUAUUUCUUACUGAUCGCUUGCCCGUUCGGUGGUAGCUAAUGCCCAGGUCCCUACGGCAGCGGCUCACGACUCCCUCCACUCACAAUUUACCUUAAUUUUCCCUUUCGCUGUCAUCCCAGUGGGCUUCCCUUCCCCGUCAUCGCUUCGUACAGUCCUCCGCUCGUGACAUGAACUACAUUACACACCAAACCUUGUCCCCUCACAUACCGUAUUGGCCGCCUUGGAUGCUGCUUGUCCAGAGCCUCCAGCUGGUCUCGGCGGAGGGCCUCGUGAGAUUGCCCAGUGGGGACUGGACUCUCCAAGCCGCUUCUCAAUUGGUUCCUGCGGGAGUGUUUUGGCGUGGGAAAUGGUGGUGGGGGGAAGGGAGGGGACGGAGUGUGUGAGUUAUGGACACAGUACAAUGGUAAGUACAGCUUUUGAUUUACUGUAGCACGCCUCAUCAAGGCUUACGCCAGACCUCAUCAUGCUUCCCUCCCUAUCCAAGUGGCUUCCUGCUUAGGAUGAGAUCAGCUGUAGGUUCUCAGAUACUACCGUAUUUAAAGACUACCGGCUGCCCCCUUUGUUUGCCCCUCAGAACCACCAGCAUCUUCAGUAUCAUCGUUUGCCCCACCAACCUCCCUUCUCCUGUUUUCUAUUCAGCUAUAUAUUCCUCUUUUGCAUAGGCCUCACAUAUAUCUAACCCCUCACCUCACUUCUGCCAUUACCAAACGCUGCCUUGGCCCUACUGUGCAUCUUGAGCAUCCCUAAACUAUCCACAACCAUGUCUCCUCAUACCAACGAACGUUCCGUACACAACGAUAACGAUGUCACUCUUUCAUUAAGUGGUCUUGCUUUACAUAGCGAAGCUGGCGCUCCCCAUCUCGGCAGCAAUUAUCGUGCUUCGAACGGGAGAAAGAGCAAGAAGAGCAUCCUUACGGACUCCUAUCUGAAGACCCAUAGUGGAAAUUCAUUUCACGAGACCGAUCGUCCUCUCCGUCCCGGGAUUUAUGCCCCGACGCCUGCAUUUUUCGAUCCUGAAACCGAGGACCUUGACCUUCCCACGAUUAGAAGUCAUUCGGUACGCCUGGUGAAAGCCGGUAUCGUUGGUCUUGUCACUCAAGGUUCAAAUGGAGAAGCUGUCCAUUUGAGCCAGUCCGAACGCCGGGCUGUCACCGCUGCUACGCGGGGAGCUCUGGAUGAUGCUGGCUUUGGCAACGUUCCGGUGAUUGUCGGUUGUGGAGCCCAGUCCACCCGUGAGUCGAUCGAGUUAUGCCACGACGCAAUGCUUUCCGGAGGUGAUUAUGCCAUGGUACUUCCCCCGGCUUACUAUCGAGCCUUGUACAACGGCGAGUCUCAAUACGAGUUUUUCAGCGAUAUCGCCCGCGAGUCACCCAUUCCCAUUCUCAUCUAUAAUUAUCCCGGCGCCGUAGCGGGGAUCGAUCUCGACUCGGAUACCAUCACCAAGCUCUCGAAACAUCCCAACAUCGUUGGCUGCAAGCUCACCUGCGGCAACACCGGGAAGCUCGCUAGAGUCGCGAAUGCCGCGCCAAGUGGUUUCAUGACAAUGGGUGGAUCCUCGGAUUUUACCUUACAAUCCCUGAUCGCGGGCGGCAAGGGCGUCAUUGGCGGGCUUGCUAAUAUCGCUCCAAAAGCGUGUGCUGAGGUUUUCAACCUCUACGUUGAGGGAAGAAACGAAGAGGCUGAGAAGAUGCAGGCGGUUGUCGCCCGCGGUGACUGGGGUGCGAUUAAGGGGGGUGUAGUCGGGACCAAGAGCUGUCUGCAGACCUAUUUCGGAUAUGGAGGUUUUGGAAGGAGGCCGCUCCCCCGACCAACCCCUGCUCAAGAAGCAGUCUACAAGGAGGAUUUCGAAGAGUUGUUGCUUCUGGAGGAGUUUUUGGAGAACGGGUGCCGCGGUUCUGACAUCCACUCUGACAGAAUAAAGGAGUUUUCACAACUUGUCGAGCUCGAGCAUAUGCUUGUAUAAGUUCCUUGCCCCUACCCCUCAAAGCCAUCUUAGCAGACUUUUUUUCCCCUUCAUAUCAUAACAUUUUUUUUUGAUUGUUUGUUGUUUAUACCCCCUUGGGUUUCUUUAUCGGAUUGGGACUGGGAGUUGCAUACGCCUGGGGCUGGGUAUCUGGGCUGCUUCAAAACGUCACGGGGGGGGGGAAAGCCACUAGAGAUCACAAUUUGGAGUACUUUUUUUUUGGGUUUUCUUUAUCGUUCAAGUCACGCCUUUUCUCCUUCUAGCGUUCGUUUUCUUUUUUAAUGAUUGCUCUUUUUUUCAUAUUAUCUACUUAUCACUUUUUCUUUUCUUUCGAUGAGUAGAUUGGUCUCGCGAGAAGAAAAGGGGGGAAACUGGAAUGAUUGAUCAUGUCAUGAUCCUUUCCUCCUUAUAGUUAU